GCGCGCCGGCUCAGUAAGCCAACAUCUAUAGUCUCUAACUCUCUAUUCGCUUCCCUUUCGCCAAGUUUCGCACCAGAACACUAGUAAAACGAAGAGAAGAACAUCAAAGUAAGAGAAAACUGUAAAAAAAAAAACCUAUAUUUAUAAUCCAUCUUCUUCUAACUUUCAACAAUCUUUGAGAUUUUAUAUCGUCUUCUGUUCUAUUCUACUACGAAAUUUGCUCACUGAUUGAAAGAGAGAGAUAAAUCAAAGCCAAAAAUGGCAGCAAGAAUAAUCGCCCAAUUGCUUGUGGUGGGUUCUGGGGUGUUAAUUCGUGCAGUUAGUCAAGCUUAUCGUCAAGCUAUUGUCAAUGCCUCUAAAACUGGUGCUGCACAAGAAGCAAUGCAGAACACAGUUCGUAGAGCAAGUAAAGCUAUAACCGAGCAAGAAGCAAGACAAAUUCUUGGAGUUCCUGAGAAUGCUGCUUGGGAAGAAAUUUCAAAUAAAUACGAUGUUUUGUUUGAGAGGAAUGCUAAGCAAGGGAGCUUUUACCUCCAAUCAAAGGUCCAUAGAGCAAAGGAGUAUUUGGAAGGUGUAUAUCAAAACAAAGGCCAGGGCAACUCUGGCUGAAAACCACAUUGGGAUCUUCACUCCUGAGCCAAGCUGAUUUUGCACCAGUGUAGUCUUGAUAGCUAGAAUGGUAAUGUUUGAACUAUAUUCAUUCUUUCUUGUAGCUAGUGUACCAUGAUUGAUCCCUUCGAUAGUUCCAUCUGAAAGUUUUGUGGCCACUUGCUGCGUAGAAUUUUUGAGAGGAGUUGCUUUCAAGUGGCCAGAGCUCGUCUUUUCUAAAGAAAGAUGUCCUAUAAUUUGAUUGGUGCACUUCACAUUUUCUAUAUAUACACAUGAACAUGUUAUUUGGCCUGAA